AUGUCCCGCUCAAUUGACAGCAGCGACAACUCAGACACGGGUGCGACACGAAGACCGACACAUACACAAUACUGGGCAAUGCACAAGUCGAAAGCAAGGUCAAAAAAGCUUGUCGUCAUUGGGACCUCCACCCCUGCCUUAGGUCUCUUCUCAACAACGCCAACGCAGCGCAAACUACUCAGUACAGCGGCAAUUCAAAAGUAUCGACUGGGUGUGGCCAGAAUGGCGGAUGAGGACCAGCAAGCAAUGAGUAGCCAAGCACUUGACAAUCUUGCUGCUCUUCAGAACUUGGCUAAUGACGACGAAUUUGACGCCACCGACUUACUUGCAUGCGAAAAUAUCAUGUCGCUGGGAGGUGUAUUGGAUGGAACUCAAAUGGCUGUGAUAAGCCAUGCUGGUGGAGAAUUCGACAUGCUGGAAGAAUCUCUCAAGAGCGGCAUGCAUUCACGUCCGCAAACUCGUGAUUGGCGGACACGGCGAGAGCGCACGCAACGACGCGUCGAUGCUUUUACCAUCCAACUUCCUCACCUUCUUCAAGCUUACCUUCGUUAUUGUUCUUCGCCAACGUCCUCAACGAACGAGCAUGAAGGUGCAAAUGGGGCUGACAUGUAUCCUGUAACUGUCGUGGAGAUGUUUGGUAUAUUCUUCUCUUCUUUUGUCGCGCUGUCUAAUGCGGUUGUGGAUGCCUUUUUGGAAUGCACCGACGACGACGAUGCUGGUGGCGGUUACGAUGUCGCAUGUAAUUUGAAGAAAACUAUCGCAACUAGUAAUUUGGGGAAACUGGCUGAAGAACGACAAUUUCACUGCCUGGUUGGUGCCUUCCAUGGGCAUGCACACAACCGCCUGUGCCAACUUGAGUACCUGACUACAUACAUCGAGGGGUUGGGCUUGGAGGACUUGGAGACCUUGGAGCGUUUCUUUUCACGCUCUAAUGGUCUCGCGUGGUCAUGUCGCAAUGCCAGUAUCUUCCAUCGACAACAAGAGAUCACGACUUACUUUAAACACGUUGACACCUUCGAGUCAUACCCUAGUCUGAGCAAAUUCAUAUGUGAUAACUACCGACAAGCGAUCCGGAUAAUCGACAACAAACCCGCAGUUCAAAGAGUGAUGGCCAAGGAGGGAAUCGAAGAUGGGGAGGACUUUGUCCGGUCCCUGCAGGAGGAGAAAGAGUGGUUGCUUACACUCAAGUCAGCUUCGUCGGAGAUUGAAUCCUCCAGAAUCCGCUACAUUCAUGCUCUGAAGAAGAUGGAGACUACUGUGUUAACUGUCCGCGAGUGUCGCGCUGCUGCUCGACAGGCUCGGAACGACGAUGCAACAUAUACACCUGGCCGCACGAAGGCGGAUAUCAACCUUCGACAUGCCGAGGAGCACUUAGAGCGAGAUGAAAGACUGGUGCAAGAAUUGGAGGUCGAACUUGGGAUUGCAGAGCGGUGGAAAUCGGAGCAGGUAGAGUAUCAAGAGGCGGAGAAAGAGGCUCUUCAUUUGGAGUUUACACGCGCACUUAAUCGGCUGGAACUUUUGCUGGCAGAACAAGACAUCAUCAUGGCGGCUCAAAUUGAGGAGUACGCAAUGCGGCGCCAUCGAUUCGAUGAUACCUACCCCCAACGCUUCCAAUCACUGACUCAUUUCGAGGGCUUUACUGGGUCUCUUGUGUUGGGCGAGGCUGUUGUUCCGUGCGCAGUGUCAGGUGCCGAUCCUAUGGUUGUUGAUGAUUGGGAGAGGGAUGGGGAUGCACCACCUCCGGCGGAUUUCAAUUUUGACGUCAAUAUGGACAGAAUCGAUGAAGAACAUGGCGAGAAGUUAGAACUCAGAUGA